AAAGGCUGGGUUCUUAUUAGGACACAAAUUUACAAGCUGUGUGGACUUGGGGAUGGAAAUUAAACACCUCUUGUUUUUGGUUGCUGCUGCUUGCUUACUGCCUGUGUUGUCCAUGAAAAGGAAAUCAGCUAAAAAACUAUUUAAUAAGCUCGUCACUGACUUGCCAAAUGUACAACAAGAGAUCGUUAAUAUACACAACACUCUCAGAAGAGGAGUAGUUCCACCAGCCAGCAACAUGCUGAAGAUGAGUUGGAGUGAAGAGGCUGCACAAAAUGCCAAAAUUUUUUCACGCUAUUGUGAUAUGACAGAGAGCAACCCCCUUGAGAGGAGACUUCCAAAUACCUUUUGCGGAGAAAAUAGGAAUAUGACGUCUUAUCCUGUAUCAUGGUCCAGUGUAAUUGGAGUCUGGUACAGUGAGUCUAAAUAUUUCAGAUAUGGACUAUGGCCAUCAACGGAUGAUGACAUAAGUACUGACCGGUACACUCAGAUUGUUUGGGCCACAUCUUACCUGAUUGGCUGUGCCAUUGCACCAUGCCGCCACAAAGGAUCACCUCGAUAUUUCUACGUUUGUCACUAUUGUCAUGAGGGAAAUGAUCCUGAAACAAAGCAUGAACCUUAUAAGAAGGGUGUCCCAUGUGAAGCCUGCCCAAAUAACUGUGAAGACAAACUUUGCACUAACCCCUGUAUCUACUAUGAUGAAUACACCGACUGUAGCUUAGAAGUCCGUUUUCUUGGAUGCAACCACUCGACACCUCGCAUGUUCUGUAAAGCCACUUGUCUGUGUGACACUGAGAUAAAAUAGUCUUUGUUAUUUUCAUCAGUUCUGUGCUGUGACGAUGAGGAGGAGAUGUCUGUUGGAUCAUGUCUUUUGCUAUAGUUCAGUAGCUUCUGCUAAAUUUUAUUUGAUUUUAAUCAUGCUAGAGAUCUUAACUCCUGUCCUGAUACAUCCUGAAGUAACACUGUUUUCAAUUUUCUUAUUACUGGAGUAAAAGGCCAAGCCCAACGCCUGCCUUAAAUUUAAAUCAUGCAAUUUAUAGUUCUUAAGUUGGCAUAAUUCAACUUACGGUAUAACUGAGUCCCUCAACAGUAACCUGGGCUAAAGUAGGUCUUACGUGGUUGAACUCCCACCCCUGCUUUCCCCAUAUUUUCAGCCACUCUGAUUAUCUUCCCUGCACAACUAACAUCCAGUAAUAAUUCUUCACUUUUAAAAUUUUCACUUCUACUUUAAAUCAAUAAUUAAAGGAAUCCACAAAGCAAA